CUGUCUCAAAACAAAAAACAGAAACAAAAACAAACCAAAAAAGAAUUGUAAGGAGUCCACCUUGCCUGCAGAGUAAAGGCUGCACACCUUCAGGUGGCCUCUACCAUCUGCACCCAUAGGGCAAAAGGAGCCAGAGGCCUGAGGCUGGCCCUUGGGUGGCAGUAGGAGACACGUGCUUGAACAGUGGAUGCCCCACUCCUUACUUCUUUACCCAGUUUAUAGACAGACAGUUGAGCUAUAGUCCUCUGCACACAUGCCUUUUGCUUCAAACUUUUCUGCAUGCACUUUCCUCUGCCUGUAAUAUUUUUCCCUUUUUCCUGCAAACUGCAAUUUCAAUACUGCCUCUUCCUUCAGUUCUCUCUUCCCUGAGCCAAAAGUCAUCUCCUGCCUUCUGUACUCCCACGCCCCUUACCUGCUGCUCUCUUGCUACCUGAUACUUCCUGCUUGCUCUUAUAGUUGCAUGUGUAUCUGGCUUGUCUUCCCCACCACCCGGAAGGCUCCUGAGGACAUGACUGUGUCUUUGCCACUCCUUAGCACUGGCAGCUGGGCCUGGGGGCCCUUCUGAACAGUUAGGGGCUGGGCUGUGUGGACUGCAGAGCUGCAUGUGAGGUGGCAGUGAGUAGGCAGAGACCCCCAUGACUUUUCAAGGCCUUGAACAAUGUGGGUGACUCACAGAGGUGAGGCUGGACAUGACACCCAGCCACAAAGGUCAUGAGGCUCUGCCUAUGAGGCGAGCUUGGGAAAAAGACCAUGGAGCAGUGGUCCUCAGAGUGAGGCCCCCAGACCAGCAACAUCAGCCUCACCUGAGUUUGUGUUAGAAAUGCAGAUUCUUUUUUUUUUUUUUUCCAAUAAGCGUUUUGCACUCCUAAGAAAUGCAGGUUAUUGGCCUCAGCCCCCACCUACUGAAUCAGUAAUUCUGUGGGUGGAGCCCAGCACUCUGUGGUCUAAGGAGCCCUCCAGGUGAUUCUGAUAAACAGAAAACUUUGAAAACCACUGCCAUAGAGUUAGAGAUUGUGCCCAAGAUGGAAGGCCAGGUCAUGCCAUGGGAAGCACACAGGCUGUGAAGCCAAACCUCCUAGGUUCAAAGCCCUGCUCUGAGGUUGAAUGGUCCAGUGAUGAGGGGCUCAGUGAUGGCACCUCUUAGGGCUGUCCUCCCAUGUAGGUCAGCAGUGGUCCCUAAGGUUUCAUGUACCUAAGGGUCACCUGGGGUGCUUUUUAAAAUGCAGUUUCCUGACAUCUCAUUUCAGAAAAUCUAAUUCUGCAGGCUGGAGUAAGGUUGAAGAAUCUAUAUUUUAAAUGAGCCCGAGGUGGUCCUGAUGUGAGUAGGUCAAGUGUCAUUCUGAGAAGCCCUGAAGCAAAGGGCCGUGUGUGACACCUUUUAUGUACUAGAUAGUCGCAGUAGUGGCUGCAAUUCUGUCUAUUGUGAGAACACAUCAGGGGACACUGAAACAGUUGGGGCCGGUGGAUGUGCUGGUCUGAGGAGAGGGAGUUCCCUGUGUGCUUCCUAACGCCAGUAUUUUCAUCAAAUGAGUUUGAGCUGAGAGUGAUGUUGGAAGGGCAGACGUGAGCACUGGGUCAGCGUGGGGGACUGGGAGCCAGUGUGAAGGGGCGGUACUUCCGUGGCAGGUUGUUCAGGGCCAUUGAGUGUAUGUGCCUCUUAGGUUUAGGGGGGCACCUGCCCCCUCCUUCCUGGCUGAUGUAACUGUAUUUCCCACAGUGAGAGUUGGGUUUGUAGGUGGAGCAGGGCUGGGAUGUCAGGGACUGGUUCCAAAGAUGGUUUUGGCUAUGGGGCCAGGGAAAAAACUAGGUGGCACCGGAUUCUGGUAUGGAGCCUCAGGAAUCCUUGAUCAGCCUCCUUGGUCACUCACUUUUGGAGGUGUGGAGGGGCAGGGGCUACUGCCUUGUCUGGAAGAGGCCUGGGCUGCUCUGACAGUCUCUCUCUCCAAGGGGCUUGAGGAUAGGGGCUCGCUUGGUGACUGGAUGCCCUCCAGCAUGAUGUUCCCCUGGCCACCACCAGGGGUCUCUGAGGCUCCCUGCAAACCUUGACCAUCUGGUCUUCAGCUCUGCUUCCGCUCCUGGUCCCUGGGCCUGUGAGCCUCCUCAGUACUGUCCAGCCUGGAGGUGACCCUGGGGCAGGACUCCAGGCUCCACAGAGGGGUAGGACCGCCCACCUGCGGGGCCAUGCCUGUGAUCUCAGCCAUCAGCUGCCUUAAGCACCAAAUGCCAUUCUGACUUCUCUCCCCAACCCUAUCUCAAGACAGCCCCCCUGAACAAUGGACCCCUCCUCUGCCCAGCCCCCAGCCCUCCUUCCUCACUGGCCAUGCUGGGAAACACAGGUCAUGGCUUGGGAAUGUGUCCCUGCGGGGGGUGAGGUGAUAGGAAGAGGGAGAAGGACAUGUGACCCCUCCUGAACAGCCCCUUUCUCUCAGGCUCCGUGUCCAAGCCCCUUCCCCAACCCAGAUACAAAUGGGUGCUCAUGACAAGGGGCCAUUUGGGGGAAUCAGCCCCCGCUGUCCUCCCUAGCGGGGCUGAUGGGUGGUGGGCAAGUUGCCAACAGGUGCCCGGGGGAAUGGGUAGGAAGGCUGGAUGUGGGCUUAGUGCCCUGGGGUGGCUGCUGGCCAGAGCUUCCAUGGCAGGGAUGAAGGGGCAGAGGUGGGAUUCUGGGCCCCCUCAGAUUCUUCUGCCACCUCUGGGAAGGAGGGCAAAGGUCUUGACAGUUCUCUGAUUUUCGGGGCCAAAGAAAACAGGUAUGCCCUGGCUCUGCAGUAUUUGAGACUCGUUAGCACAUUCCCACAUCAGGAAUCUUGGUGGUUCCAUCAGAGCAAGGGGCAACACAGGGAACAUUUCCCACAGGCACCUCCUUUGGUGGAUGUGUCGGAACAAAUGGAUCAGGGCAAGCGUCUCGAUUGGCACAGUGCAGUGCCACCCCUCCCCUGUCUUGCUCGGGGACGGAGGCCCCACACCUUGAGUCAAGGCGCUGCAGAGCGGGCUUUGCUCUUGUCAGGGUCCGAAGCUGUAAGGAGAGGAAAGACAGAUCCCAGGGCUUGGGAGUGAGCAGAGUGGCUAAAUCCAGACGGCCACACUCCGCCCUCCCCUCUCCCCUCUCCUCCCCCUCCACACCAGGGCCCAGGCUGCUUGUGGUCUCAGCAGGCACCAGCUUCCCAGCCAGCUGCCUGCCGGCCUGCCAUCCAACCUCCUCCUUCCCCUCCUCAGGCGCCUUCCCCUCCCCCAGGGCCUUCUCCGUGUAGGGCCUCAGCGGGGUCAGCCGAGUGAGUGGGGCUGGGCAGGCUGGACAGGCUGGGCUCCUGCUCCCUGGGGAGACAGGCUGGGGUGGGCAGUGGGCAGGCAGCAGAAGGGCCUGGUGCCAGGGCAGAGCCUUCAGGACAGGCACAGGCUGGGCGUCUGUGUGCAGAGCCUCGGGGUGGAUCUGCAUCCCCUUUCAGCAGCCCCAUCACCUCCGACGAGGAGUACCUGAGCCCUCCAGAGGAGUUUCCAGAGCCUGGGGAGACCUGGCCUCGAACCCCCACCAUGAAGACCAGUCCCAGCCAGAACCGCCGUUCUUCUGACACUGGCUCCAAGGCACCCCCCACCUUCAAGGUCUCACUUAUGGACCAGUCAGUAAGAGAAGGCCAAGAUGUCAUCAUGAGCAUCCGUGUGCAGGGGGAACCCAAGCCUGUGGUCUCCUGGCUGAGAAACCGCCAGCCCGUGCGCCCAGACCAGCGGCGCUUUGCGGAGGAGGCUGAGGGUGGGCUGUGCCAGCUGCGGAUCCUGGCUGCAGAACGUGGCGAUGCUGGCUUCUACACUUGCAAAGCGGUCAAUGAGUAUGGCGCUCGGCAAUGCGAGGCCCGCUUGGAGGUCCGAGCACACCCUGAAAGCCGGUCCCUGGCCGUGCUGGCCCCCCUGCAGGACGUGGACGUGGGGGCCGGGGAGAUGGCGCUGUUUGAGUGCCUGGUGGCGGGGCCCACUGAUGUGGAGGUGGAUUGGCUGUGCCGUGGUCGCCUGCUGCAGCCUGCACUGCUCAAAUGCAAGAUGCAUUUCGAUGGCCGCAAAUGCAAGCUGCUGCUUACAUCUGUACAUGAGGACGACAGUGGCGUCUACACCUGCAAGCUCAGCACAGCCAAAGAUGAGCUGACCUGCAGUGCCCGGCUGACCGUGCGGCCCUCAUUGGCACCCCUGUUCACACGGCUGCUGGAAGAUGUGGAGGUGUUGGAGGGCCGAGCUGCCCGCUUCGACUGCAAGAUCAGCGGCACCCCACCCCCUGUUGUUACCUGGACUCAUUUUGGCCGCCCCAUGGAGGAGAGUGAGAACUUGCGGCUACGGCAGGAUGGGGGUCUGCACUCACUCCACAUUGCCCAUGUGGGCAGCGAGGACGAGGGGCUCUAUGCGGUCAGUGCUGUUAACACCCAUGGCCAGGCCCACUGCUCAGCCCAGCUGUAUGUAGAAGAGCCCCGGACAGCUGCCUCAGGCCCCAGCUCGAAGCUGGAGAAGAUGCCAUCCAUUCCCGAGGAGCCAGAGCAGGGUGAGCUGGAGCGGCUGUCCAUUCCCGACUUCCUGCGGCCACUGCAGGACCUGGAGGUGGGACUGGCCAAGGAGGCCAUGUUAGAGUGCCAGGUGACCGGCCUGCCCUACCCCACCAUCAGCUGGUUCCACAAUGGCCACCGCAUCCAGAGCAGCGACGACCGGCGCAUGACACAGUACAGGGAUGUCCAUCGCUUGGUGUUCCCUGCCGUGGGGCCUCAGCACGCCGGUGUCUACAAGAGCGUCAUCGCCAACAAGCUGGGCAAAGCUGCCUGCUAUGCCCACCUGUAUGUCACAGAUGUGGUCCCAGGCCCUCCAGAUGGUGCCCCGCAGGUGGUGGCUGUGACGGGGAGGAUGGUCACACUCACAUGGAACCCCCCCAGGAGUCUGGACAUGGCCAUUGACCCGGACUCCCUAACGUACACAGUGCAGCACCAGGUGCUGGGCUCGGACCAGUGGACAGCACUGGUCACAGGCCUGCGGGAGCCAGGGUGGGCAGCCACGGGGCUGCGUAAGGGGGUCCAGCACAUCUUCCGGGUCCUCAGCACCACUGUCAAGAGCAGCAGCAAGCCCUCGCCCCCUUCUGAGCCUGUACAGCUGCUGGAGCACGGCCCACCCCUGGAGGAGGCCCCUGCCGUGCUGGACAAACCGGACAUCGUGUAUGUGGUGGAGGGACAGCCUGCCAGUGUCACCGUCACAUUCAACCAUGUGGAGGCCCAGGUCGUCUGGAGGAGCUGCCGAGGGGCCCUCCUAGAGGCACGGGCAGGUGUGUAUGAGCUGAGCCAGCCAGAUGAUGACCAGUACUGUCUUCGGAUCUGCCGGGUGAGCCGCCGGGACAUGGGGGCCCUCACCUGCACUGCCCGAAACCGUCACGGCACGCAGACCUGCUCGGUCACAUUGGAGCUGGCAGAGGCCCCUCGGUUUGAGUCCAUCAUGGAGGACGUGGAGGUGGGGGCUGGGGAAACUGCUCGCUUUGCCGUGGUGGUUGAGGGAAAACCACUGCCGGACAUCAUGUGGUACAAGGACGAAGUGCUGCUGACCGAGAGCAGCCAUGUGAGCUUCGUGUACGAGGAGAAUGAGUGCUCCCUGGUGGUGCUCAGCACGGGGGCCCAGGAUGGAGGCGUCUACACCUGCACGGCCCGGAACCUGGCGGGCGAGGUCUCCUGCAAAGCAGAGUUGGCUGUGCAUUCAGCUCAGACAGCUAUGGAGGUCGAAGGGGUCGGGGAGGAUGAGGACCAUCGAGGAAGGAGACUCAGCGACUUUUAUGACAUCCACCAGGAGAUCGGCAGGGGUGCCUUCUCCUACCUGCGGCGUGUGGUGGAGCGUAGCUCCGGCCUGGAGUUUGCGGCCAAGUUCAUCCCCAGCCAGGCCAAGCCAAAGGCAUCAGCGCGUCGGGAGGCCCGGCUGCUCGCCAGGCUCCAGCACGACUGUGUCCUCUACUUCCAUGAGGCCUUCGAGAGGCGCCGAGGACUGGUCAUUGUCACUGAGCUCUGCACAGAGGAGCUGCUGGAGCGAAUGGCCAGGAAACCGACCGUGUGUGAGUCUGAGAUCCGGGCCUAUAUGCGGCAGGUUCUAGAGGGAAUACACUACCUGCACCAGAGCCACGUGCUGCACCUCGAUGUCAAGCCUGAGAACCUGCUGGUGUGGGAUGGUGCCGAGGGUGAAGAGCAGGUGCGGAUCUGUGACUUUGGGAAUGCCCAGGAGCUGACUCCAGGAGAGCCCCAGUACUGCCAGUAUGGCACACCUGAGUUUGUAGCACCCGAGAUUGUCAAUCAGAGCCCCGUGUCUGGAGUCACUGACAUCUGGCCUGUGGGCGUUGUUGCCUUCCUCUGUCUGACAGGAAUCUCCCCGUUUGUUGGGGAAAAUGACCGGACAACAUUGAUGAACAUCCGAAACUACAACGUGGCCUUCGAGGAGACCACAUUCCUGAGCCUGAGCAGGGAGGCCCGGGGCUUCCUCAUCAAAGUGCUGGUGCAGGACCGCCUGAGACCUACCGCAGAGGAGACCCUAGAACAUCCUUGGUUCAAAACUCAGGCAAAGGGCGCAGAGAUGAGCACAGAUCACCUGAAGCUAUUCCUCUCCCGGAGGAGGUGGCAGCGCUCCCAGAUCAGCUACAAAUGCCACCUGGUGUUGCGCCCCAUCCCGGAGCUGCUGCGGGCUCCCCCAGAGCGGGUGUGGGUGACCAUGCCCAGAAGGCCACCCCCCAGUGGGGGGCUCUCAUCCUCCUCGGAUUCUGAAGAGGAAGAGCUGGAAGAGCUGCCCUCAGUGCCCCGCCCACUGCAGCCCGAGUUCUCAGGCUCCCGGGUGUCCCUCACCGAUAUUCCCACUGAGGAUGAGGCUCUGGGGACCCCAGAGACUGGGGCUGCCACCCCCAUGGACUGGCAGGAGCAGGGAAGGGCUCCCUCUCAGGACCAGGAGGCUCCCAGCCCGGAGGCCCUCCCCUCCCUAGGCCAGGAGCCCGCAGCUGGGGCUAGCCCCAAGCGGGGAGAACUCCGUAGGGGCAGCUCGGCUGAGAGCGCCCUGCCCCGGGCCGGGCCGCGGGAGCCGGGCCGGGGCCUGCAGAAGGCGGCGUCUGUGGAACUGCCGCAGCGCCGGAGCCCCAGCCCGGGAGCCACCCGCCUGGCCCGGGGAGGCCUGGGUGAGGGCGAGUAUGCCCAGAGGCUGCAGGCCCUGCGCCAGCGGCUGCUGCGGGGAGGCCCCGAGGAUGGCAAGGUCAGCGGCCUCAGGGGUCCCCUGCUGGAGAGCCUGGGGGGCCGUGCCCGGGAUCCCCGGAUGGCACGAGCUGCCUCCAGCGAGGCAGCGCCCCACCACCAGCCCCCACUCGAGAACAGGGGCCUGCAAAAGAGCAGCAGCUUCUCCCAGGGUGAGGCAGAGCCCCGGGGUCGGCACCGCCGAGCGGGGGCGCCCCUCGAGAUCCCCGUGGCCAGGCUUGGAGCCCGUAGGCUACAGGAGUCUCCUUCCCUGUCUGCCCUCAGUGAGGCCCAGCCAUCCAGCCCUGCACGGCCCAGCGUCCCCAAGCCCAGUGCCCUUAAGUCUGCAGAACCUUCUGCCACCACACCUAGUGAUGCCCCGCAGCCCCCUGCACCCCAGCCUGCCCAAGACAAGGCCCCAGAGCCCAGGCCAGAACCAGUCCGAGCCUCCAAGCCUGCACCACGCCCUGAGGCCCUGCAAACCCUAGCGCUGCCCCUCACGCCCUAUGCCCAGAUCAUUCAGUCCCUCCAGCUGUCAGGUCACGCCCAGGGACCCCCGCAGGGCCCUGCCGCGUCGCCUUCAGAGCUCAAGCCCCACGCAGCUGUCUUUGCCAGGGUGGCCUCCCCACCUCCGGGAGCCCCCGAGAAGCGUGUGCCCUCAGCCGGGGCUCCCCCGGUGCUAGCCGAGAAAGCCCGAGUUCCCACGGUGCCCCCCAGGCCAGGCAGCAGUCUCAGCAGCAGCAUCGAAAACCUGGAGUCGGAGGCCGUGUUCGAGGCUAAGUUCAAGCGCAGCCGCGAAUCGCCCCUGUCGCGGGGGUUGCGGCUGCUGAGCCGCUCCCGCUCCGAGGAGCGCGGCCCCUUCCGCGGGGCCGAGGAGGAGGAUGGCAUAUACCGUCCCAGCCCGGCGGGGACCCCGCUGGAGUUGGUGCGACGGCCUGAGCGCUCGCGCUCGGUGCAGGACCUCAGGGCAGUCGGGGAGCCGGGCCUUGUCCGCCGCCUCUCGCUCUCACUGUCCCAGCGGCUGCGGCGGACCCCUCCCGCGCAGCGCCACCCGGCCUGGGAGGCCCGCGGCGGGGACGGAGAGAGCUCGGAGGGCGGGAGCUCGGCGCGGGGCUCCCCCGUGCUGGCGAUGCGCAGGCGGCUGAGCUCCACCCUGGAGCGGCUGUCGAGCCGGUUGCAGCGCAGCGGCAGCAGCGAGGACUCGGGGGGCGCGUCGGGCCGCAGCACACCGCUAUUCGGACGGCUUCGCAGGGCCACGUCCGAGGGCGAGAGUCUGCGGCGCCUCGGCCUUCCGCACAAUCAGUUGGCCGCCCAGGCCGGCGCCACCACGCCUUCCGCCGAGUCCCUGGGCUCCGAGGCCAGCGCCACGUCGGGCUCCUCAGCCCCAGGGGAAAGCCGAAGCCGGCUCCGCUGGGGCUUCUCUCGGCAGCGGAAGGACAAGGGGUUAUCGCAACCAAACCUCUCUGCCAGCAUCCAAGAGGAGUUGGGUCACCAGUACGUGCGCAGUGAGUCAGACUUCCCCCCAGUCUUCCACAUCAAACUCAAGGACCAGGUGCUGCUGGAGGGGGAGGCAGCCACCCUGCUCUGCCUGCCAGCAGCCUGCCCUGCACCGCACAUCUCCUGGAUGAAAGACAAGAAGUCAUUGAGGUCAGAGCCCUCAGUGAUCAUCGUGUCCUGCAAAGAUGGGCGGCAGCUGCUCAGCAUCCCUCGGGUGGGCAAGCGGCACGCCGGGCUCUAUGAGUGCUCCGCCACCAACGUCCUGGGCAGCAUCACCAGCUCCUGUACCGUGGCUGUGGCCCGAGUCCCAGGAAAGCUAGCUCCUCCAGAGGUGCCCCAGACCUACCAGGACACAGCGCUGGUGCUGUGGAAGCCGGGAGACAGCCGGGCACCUUGCACGUAUACCCUGGAGCGGCGAGUGGAUGGGGAGUCUGUGUGGCACCCUGUGAGCUCAGGCAUCCCCGACUGUUACUACAAUGUGAGCCACCUGCCAGUUGGCAUGACUGUGAGGUUCCGUGUGGCCUGUGCCAACCGUGCUGGGCAGGGGCCCUUCAGCAACCCUUCUGAGAAGGUCUUUGUCAGGGGCACUCAAGAUUCUUCAGCUGUGCCAUCUGCUGCCCACCAAGAGGCCCCUGUCACCUCAGGGCCAGCCAGGGCCCCGCCUCCUGACUCUCCUACCUCACUGGCCCCACCCCCAGCUCCUGCUGCCCCCACCCCCCCGUCAGUCACUGUCAGCCCCUCAUCUCCCCCUACAGCCCCCAGCCAGGCCUUGUCCUCGCUCAAGGCUGUGGGUCCGCCACCCCAGACCCCUCCACGAAGACACAGGGGCCUGCAGGCUGCCCGGCAAGCAGAGCCCACCCCACCCAGUACCCAGGUCACCCCAAGUGAGCCCAAGUCUUUCGUCCUUGACACUGGGACCCCGACCCCAGCCUCCACUCCUCAAGGGGUUAAACCAGCGUCUUCCUCUACUCCUGUGUAUGUGGUGACUUCCUUCGUGUCUGCACCACCAGCCCCUGAGCCCCCAGCCCCUGAGCCCCCUCCUGAGCCUACCAAGGUGACUGUGCGGAGUCUCAGCCCGGCCAAGGAGGUGGUCAGCUCCCCUGGGAGCAGUCCCCGAAGCUCUCCCAGGCCUGAGGGUACCACUCUUCGACAGGGCCCCCCUCAGAAACCCUACACUUUCCUGGAGGAGAAAGCCAGGGGCCGCUUUGGUGUUGUGCGAGCGUGCCGGGAGAACGCCACGGGGCGAACGUUCGUGGCCAAGAUCGUGCCCUAUGCUGCCGAGGGCAAGCGGCGGGUCCUGCAGGAGUACGAGGUGCUGCGGACCCUGCACCACGAGCGGAUCAUGUCCCUGCACGAGGCCUACAUCACCCCUCGGUACCUCGUGCUCAUUGCUGAGAGCUGCGGCAACCGGGAGCUCCUCUGUGGGCUCAGUGACAGGUUCCGGUAUUCUGAGGAUGACGUGGCCACUUACGUGGCGCAGCUGCUACAAGGCCUGGACUACCUCCACGGCCGCCAUGUGCUCCACCUAGACAUCAAGCCAGACAACCUGCUGUUGGCCCCUGACAACGCCCUCAAGAUCGUGGACUUCGGCAGUGCCCAGCCCUACAACCCCCAGGCCCUUCGGCCCCUUGGCCACCGCACGGGCACGCUGGAGUUCAUGGCUCCGGAGAUGGUGAAGGGAGAACCCAUCGGCUCUGCCACGGACAUCUGGGGAGCGGGUGUGCUCACUUACAUUAUGCUCAGUGGACGCUCCCCGUUCUAUGAGCCAGACCCCCAGGAAACGGAGGCUCGGAUUGUGGGGGGCCGCUUUGAUGCCUUCCAGCUGUACCCCAACACAUCCCAGAGCGCCACCCUCUUCUUGCGAAAGGUCCUCUCAGUACAUCCCUGGAGCCGGCCCUCCCUGCAGGACUGCUUGGCCCACCCAUGGUUGCAGGACGCCUACCUGAUGAAACUGCGCCGCCAGACGCUCACCUUCACCACCAACCGGCUCAAGGAGUUCCUGGGUGAGCAGAGGCGGCGCCGGGCUGAGGCCGCCACCCGCCACAAGGUGCUGCUGCGCUCCUACCCUGGCGGCCCCUAGAGGCACGGACCACAGCCAGGCCUCGGGCUUCAACUGGGGUUUCCACCAAUGCCACGGGACAUUCCAGGGCCCACGCUGAGCCAGGCGGGCCUGGGGCUUCGGUUACCACCAGCAGCAGCAUCUGGCCGGGCUCUUACCUCAUAGACCUGCAAGGACAGAGACCCCAGGGCCUCGACCUGAUGCCACCCCAGGCCAAAGCCAGAGUGGGAGACCCGUUGGCCAGGCUGGGCAGGGUGGGAACAGGCAGAGGGACAAGAGGGGAAUGGGGAAGUGGAGAGGAAAAGAAGUCGAGGGACAGGAAGGAGGAGGCUCUAGGAAGGUUCUGGGUUGGGGAUCAGUGCAUCUCAGGGAGAACCAAGGAAGAUGGGCAUGGCUGGAGAGGAGGAAGAGGAAGGAACCCAGGGUGUCAGGGCAGUAGGCUGGGAGUCAGUAUGGCAAAGCAGGGGCAGGACACAGAUACAGUGGCAAGGGCCCAGGGCUGGGACGUGAGAGAAGGCAGCGAGGCGGUGGAGGGAGAAGAGAGGACUCAGGUGGAGGUGGGGUGGGCCAGCUGUCAGCAUCCCUUAGAGGAGAAACAUGGAGAGCCGGAGGCCAGCAGUCACUCAGCUCGCUGUAUCCUCCUGUCCAGUGGAUACAGCCCCGGGCGCUCUCUGUUGGCCCAAGGAUGUCCCCAGCACCCCUCCAUGGCCUUUGGCCUUCUUCCCAUUCAUAUUUAUUUAUUUAUUGACUUUUAUGAAGUUUCCCCUUCCAUCCGAUCCCUACUGCCCAUGUUGUCCUGACCAUCCCUCCCAGCCAUCCAGCUGUCUGUCUGUCUGUCACAAGGAAAUAAAAAUGGCAAGCAGCAUAA